UUUGGAAGUUAAGGGCCAGAGGGGCCUGGUACUAUUGCGGCCUUCGGUACUUUUUCCCCCCGACUUUACCCAGGUCCGCUCAAUCAUUGCAGUCUCCCAGUUUCCAUUCCCCACCCGGACAGCCUCUGGAACUCACGUACCCUUAGAAAAGAGGCCCUUGGAAAUCUGUAAAGAAUAAAAAGAAGGUAGUGGAAACAAGCCUCCUGAGCUUUUCCAGCCCUAAAUGGCUGCAGAAUCAAGAAAGUCUUUAGUCCCAUCCCCACCAAACCAGGCUCCCGAAGAGGACCUUGUAAUCGUCAAGGUAGAAGAAGAUCAUGGUUGGGACCAAGAAUCCAGUCUGCAUGAAAAUAACCCUCCUGGCCAAGAGCUUUUUCGCUUGCGCUUCAGGAAGUUAUGCUACCAGGAGACAUUGGGACCCCGAGAAGCUCUGAUCCAACUCCGGGCACUUUGCCAUCAGUGGCUGAGGCCAGAUUUGAAUACUAAGGAGCAGAUCCUGGAGCUGCUGGUGCUGGAGCAGUUCCUGACCAUCCUGCCUGAGGAGCUCCAGUCUCUGGUUAAGGAACAUCAGCUAGAGAAUGGAGAGAAGUUGGUGACCCUAUUGGAGGAUUUGGAAAGGCAGAUUGAUAUACUAGGACAGCCAGUCCCAACUCAUGCACAUGGACAUAGGGUAAUCUGGGAGGAGGUGGUACAUUCAGAAUCCACACCAGAGCCUCCGAAUACUCAGCUCCAACCUGUGACAACCCAGCACAAAUCUCCAGUCCCCCAGGGGCCACCAGAGAGAGCCAUAUCUACUUCUCAGAGUCCUACCCCUUCCCAGAAAGAAAGUCCUGGAGACCAGGAGAUGACAGCUACACUUCUUACAGCAGGGUUCCAGAGUUUGGAGAAAAUUGAAGACAUGGCUGUGUCCCUAAUUCAAGAGGAGUGGCUUCUUGAUCCAUCACAGAAGGAUCUGAGUAGAGAUAACAGGCCAGAGAACUACAGAAACUUGUUCUCCCUGGGUGGUGAGACCAGGAAUGAGAACAGGGAGUUAGCUUCAAAACAGGUAAUAUCUUCUGGAAUCCAACCACAUGGAGAGACAGCUGCCAAAUGCAACGGGGAUGUUAUCGGGGGUCUUGAGCAUGGAGAAACCCGAGACAUGGGCAGAUUAGAGAGGCAGCUGGGAAAUCCCACCCAAGAGAGACGACAUAAAUGUGAUGAAUGUGGGAAGAGCUUUGCUCAGAGUUCAGGCCUUGUUCGCCAUUGGAGAAUCCACACUGGGGAGAAACCCUAUCAGUGUAAUGUAUGUGGUAAAGCCUUCAGUUACAGGUCAGCCCUUCUUUCCCAUCAGGAUAUCCACAACAAAGUAAAACGCUAUCACUGUAAGGAGUGUGGUAAAGCCUUCAGUCAAAACACAGGCCUGAUCCUGCACCAGAGAAUCCAUACUGGGGAGAAGCCGUAUCAGUGCAAUCAGUGUGGGAAGGCUUUCAGUCAGAGUGCAGGCCUUAUUCUGCACCAGAGAAUCCACAGUGGGGAGAGACCUUAUGAAUGUAAUGAAUGUGGGAAAGCUUUCAGUCAUAGCUCACACCUCAUUGGACACCAGAGAAUCCACACUGGGGAGAAGCCCUAUGAGUGUGAUGAGUGUGGGAAAACCUUCAGGCGGAGCUCACAUCUUAUUGGCCAUCAGAGAAGCCAUACUGGGGAAAAACCCUACAAAUGCAAUGAGUGUGGGAGGGCCUUCAGUCAGAAAUCAGGCCUUAUUGAACAUCAGAGAAUCCACACUGGAGAAAGACCCUAUAAAUGUAAAGAAUGUGGGAAAGCUUUCAAUGGGAACACUGGCCUCAUUCAGCAUCUGAGAAUUCAUACAGGGGAAAAACCCUAUCAAUGUAAUGAGUGUGGGAAAGCUUUUAUUCAGAGGUCGAGUCUCAUUCGACAUCAGAGAAUUCACAGUGGAGAAAAGUCUGAAUCUGUGGGAGUUUAGGUAAAAACUUGUCAUAGUUUGGGCAUUAUUCAGCAUUAGAGAAACCACAUUCCAGUGAGAGGUCUUUCAGUGUAAUAAAAAGGUGGAAAGUUUGUCGUCAUUGCAGCCUUACUUGGGGUCAGAAUUAAUAGUGGUGGCAGAGAGAGUAGCUCUUCAGUAGUUUGGGCGCAGUGCCUUGCUGUAGGUUGAGUAGCUUGACUGUCUUGGGAGGUAUCUGAUGGAGUGGAGCUCCCCAAGGGUCUAAUGUAUCCUUUAGAAACCUAAAAUAGCUUUAGAGCAAGUUGCUUGUUGUUCCUCAAGGCACUUAACUUUGUCUUUGGGUGGGUAGCUGUAGGUUUAAGAGAGGCUACUCCUAGUUUCUCUGCUUCCCAUCUCCUGUGAUCCCCUUCUCCCAUUUAUUCUCCUGAAGGUGCACUUAUCCACCUAAUCUGAUCUAAGAAGCUGCUUUAGAGUUCUAAGCAGCCUCUGUGUGAGACAUAUUUGUAUAUAGCUUUCUAAGAUGCUAGUUCUAGGGAAAUUUUUACAGACACUUAAUGUAUUUAUGCUUAAGUGUGUAUUUGUAUUUUAUUCUAAUGUUCCUGAUAGCAGAAAUCCAUAUUCCCAUGCAAACUCUGAAUGCUAUAUUUUUAACAGCGCACCAGCAUUUUUCUUCAUAUAUCACCUUCACUGACUCCACUGAGUCAUUGAGCAUCCAUACGUUUCCUUCACCACCCCCAUCCCAGUACCUGUCAGCAAAGGAAGUGGACACAUUAGUGCUGGUUGUGGGAAUGAUGCAGAGAAAGAGGUGAGUGGAGACUCAGCCUGGCUGCUCUUGAGCUUGGGUGGUUGUAUCUUGGGGUGACUUCUGUCUCUUCUUUCCAUCUUCCCAUUCUAGGCUGUGGUACAAAUAGAUAUUUACACUGUCCCAGUUAGGACAUCACAUGGGAGAGAGGAGACCGAGGUGCUUGAAGAAGUCAUAAAAACCCUUGCAGAGAAUGCGUACACAUCCCUUUGGCCCAUUUCAGUACUGCUCUCUCAGGUUCCCAUCAGUGUGCACAAACUUCCUGACUAGAUGUCUGUCACUCUUGUUACUACCCUCAGUCCACCUCCUUGGAUGGCUUCAGCACCUCACUCAGUUUGCCAUCUGUUUCUUGCCAUUAGUUUUAUAUAUCCACAGUGGUAAUCUGUUAAAUUCUUCACCUCACAAUUCUACAUUCUUCUGAAUUCUGGUGAACUAUGGAGUACAUCUGUAAUCCAACAAAGACAAUAUAAAACUCAUUAUCACCAGGUACUGUAUUUCAUUUUUGAGGCUUUCAGUAUACCAAGGAAUAUUGUAUAAAGUAUUGAGGCUGGUUU